AUGCAGGCUCAUACUUACUUCAAUGAUGGCUUUCAAAUAUAUUAUAAUCCUCAACAUCAAAACUAUACACCAGGUCAACAACAGUUUUUUGAAAACCAUAAUUUUGUGGGGCUAGAGUCAACAUCAGCCUAUGAAAAUGCUACUGCUCUCGAAGACUAUAACACAAGUCAAACGAUGGUGAUGCAAAAUAUCAAUGGUGAUCCUAAUAUGAGCGCUCAAAUGUUUCAAUUCCAACAACAGCAAAUUUAUAACUCUCAUCCUCAGCUAACUGGUAGCGAAGGUUAUCACAAUGCUUCAUUAAGUUAUCAAGAAGCUGCUCAUGAUUCCAGCUCUCAACAUCAGUUAAUGAUGAACUUUAAUAAUGAUUUUUCAUCGCAUCAUGCCCAAAGCCAAUUUGAUUCAUUUCCGAUGAUUUCUACAAAUUUUGUCUCUGAUCAACAAGCAUAUAUAACCCCACCAUUCUCUAAUGAAUUAGCUGAGCAAAACUACACUACAAUUACUGGAUCACAAGCUCAACAACAAUUCCAAUCACAAGUUUCAAAUAAGCUUGUACCAUUAUCUGGAUUUCCAACAAUUGAUACAUUUAAUAACGCUCCAAUAUCACCAAUUGAAACCCCAUUAUCAUCACCAACAUCAUCCAGCUUAGAAAGCUCACAAGUGAAGGCUAUAGAUUCCAACAAACCUCAACUAGCAACCCCAGUAUCACCAAAGAAGCCAAAAAUUGGGAGACGUCUAAGUUCACCAAAAAUUAGCAUUUCAAGCUCACGUCGUUCUUCGGUUCCAAAUGCAAAAGUAUUAAAACCAACAGUCAAAAGAGCUGCAACUACACCAACCUUACCUUCUACAGUAACCUCAAAUCUUACACAACACACAACACAACCUGGUCCAAUUCCAGCUACAAAACCAAAAAUAGCAAAAGAUCCUGUAACUGGGGAAGAACUUCUGAUGUUUUCCUAUUCUAAAAGAAAAAUAAUAAAGAAUUUUUCAAUAAAAUGUCCAGGUGAUCAACAAAAGCUUGAAAACAUUUUAUCUACUCUACCUCAAGAGUUUACAUUAGAAAAUUGUGUUUAUCCAAGAGCAAUGGGAACAGAAGAAGAAUACAAAGGUAAUAGAUAUAAUUAUGAAAAAGAAUGUAAUGAAAUUGGAUGGGGUCUUUCUUGGUUGAACCCUGAACUUAGAAACCACAGAGGACUAAUCCAAAGAGCUGUUGAUAGUUGGAGAAAUACUAGACCAGACAAAAAGUUAAGAUCCAGAAGAGUUAGAAAAAGUGAAUUAAAUGUGGAUAAAUAA